AUGAGGCUCGCUGAGUACAUUGAAGCAAUGAGUGGUGUGAAGGUUAGUUUACAUGCAAUGUUUGAUGUGCAGACAAAGCGAAUACGCGAGUACCAAAAAGGCAGCUGCUUAAUAUACUUGGCAUUAUCCAUCGAUAUGACUGUAUCGAGAAAGAAUUACCUUAUACCUUCUAAAGGGAGUCAUCACCGUCCUCCAGCACUGUGCACACCUAGUUCAUCUUCUUGUCACGGUGAUUUAAGAAGUUGGACACCCUAA